GAUGUCCCAUCGAUGACUUCGAUGCUCAGCCUAUCGUGACUUCCCUCGUCGAGCGAUUGGACAUGCCUUUCUGUCUCUCACGUGUUUCUUGUUUAGAAGUGAACAAACAUGGCUGCGUCCACGAGUGAAGUGCAGAUGGUUGCUGUCAAAAAGCCCACAGUUCGGGGCCCACGGCGGGUAGCCAAUCAAAUUCCAGAUGAAAUCCUCCAAGACCCUGAACUACAGGAAGCAAUCAAAGUCCUGCCACCAAAUUACAACUUUGAGAUCCACAAGACUGUUUGGAGAGUGAGACAAGCAAAAGCAAAGAAAGUCGCUCUGCAGCUUCCAGAGGGCCUGCAGAUGUUUGCCUGCACCAUCGCUGACAUAAUUGAGAGAUUCACGGAGACAGACACCAUCAUUAUGGGGGACGUGACCUAUGGGGCUUGCUGCGUGGACGACUUCACUGCUCGUGCCCUGGGAGCCGAUUUUAUGGUUCACUACGGCCACAGUUGUCUCAUCCCCAUAGAUUCCACGGCUGGGAUUAAGAUGCUGUAUGUGUUUGUGGAUAUCCAGAUGGACAAUGCACACUUCCUGGACACAGUGAAGUUCAACUUCAAUCCUGGACAAUCCUUGGCACUUGUCAGCACUAUUCAGUUUGUGGCAGCAUUGCAGGCUGUGAGUGCAGCCCUGAGGCCAGAGUAUGAUGUGCUUGUCCCCCAGUGUCGGCCUCUGUCACCAGGAGAAAUUUUAGGUUGCACCUCUCCUUGCUUGGAUCGCCACGUCGAUGCCAUAAUUUAUCUUGGAGAUGGAAGAUUUCACCUGGAGUCGAUCAUGAUUGCCAACCCUGACAUCCCUGCCUACAGAUAUGACCCCUACAGUAAGAUGUUCUCCAGGGAGUACUAUGAUCACAAGGCCAUGCGUGCUUCGAGGCUGCAGGCUAUUGACAAGGCCCGACUGGCCCAGAGAUGGGGUCUGAUCUUGGGAACACUUGGCCGACAAGGUAGUCCCAAAGUUCUAGAGCACCUGGAGUCAAGGCUUCAAUCUCUGGGCAAGUCCUUCACCCGAGUGCUGCUCUCUGAGAUUUUUCCCCGCAAGCUGGAUCUGAUUCCAGAUGUAGAUGCGUGGGUCCAGAUCGCCUGCCCACGCCUCUCAAUCGACUGGGGAACAGCCUUCUCUAAACCCCUGCUGUCUCCGUACGAGGCAGCUGUUGCUCUGCAGGAAGUAGGCUGGAAGGAAGUGUAUCCCAUGGACUUCUAUUCCAAUCAGAGCUCGGGGCCGUGGGCACCCAACCACCCUGAAAACCAACCGGCUCGCCCCACUCGGAGACAGACCCAGAAACAAGGCACCGAGCCAGCCCUUCCUUCCAAGACUUGUGAGCAGAGUCAGAGCGCCCUCUGUGGAUGUCAAAGGGAAUGACACUUCGUGACCACUGCUGUCUUCGAUUCAUCUCAUGCCUGCCUUUACAGAGAGGAAGAGGUCAGAGAGGAGGGUGGGGUGGAGGAAGAGAGCGAGGGUGUCUGUCCAGACUAACUAACAGCAAUUUAGGCUAAAAGCCAGAAGAGUUUUUAUCCUCAUUAGUAGGAUUAGCAGCUAGAUCUAAUCCCUAAUCACAGGCCUGCUGAUCAAACAAGCCCAUAGCUCAUUUUUCAUAUUUUGAUUGUAUGCCUCUUUCAAGUAGAUGGAGAUGUAUGCUCAUGUGAGUUUUACUUCUCAUAAAGGAUUUGUUUUUUGCUCUAAAUCUACCUGCACAGGGGAAAUAUGCAGGCCCUUUCCUUAAUGCAGACAUUUGCUUUUGUGACAGAGCGAGAAAGAGCUCAAGCUGACCUUGAACAUGUUGUAUAGAAAAAAGUCUGUUAACGUGGGCGUCUUUAGUCAAAUGCAGCCCAUUUGUCAGAAAGCACUGUAAUUUCUCUGACAUUUCUCCUCACGAUACGUUUCCAAGGCACUCAGACAUUUUGUGGGAGGCACUUCUGUUGAUGUACAGUGUAAAUAUUAAAGAUGCAACGUUGUCUGUUUUUUUCUGCUUUUCCUAUUCCAAUUCUAGAACAAUAAAUCAGAAACAGAACCUUG